GACUCGCUGUGUUCCUCUAUUGUCAACGUACUUGGGAGAAAUAAUGGAGUGCCUUAUUCAGCUGACCAAUUGUGUUAUUAUACAUUGGGGAAGUGAAAUGUCGUGAGAUGGGGCAGUUGUGUGGGAGGUUUAGUCUCUGCUCACAUGCUUCUAGGUGACCAGCACUGUAUGGCUCAGUAGUGAACAAAGGUUUAAUGAAAGGUGCUGUCAUUUCAAGGACCAUGAAGAGAUUUUACUAUAUAUCCUGCGGCACUACAGCUCUGUUGACGAUGCUGAUCGUAACCUCCGUGAAAGAGAGCAUAUGUAUACCAGACCCUCAUCAGAGAGAGCUUUUACUCCAAGAGGAAGCCUCCAGGCAGAUCGGUGGCAGAGUGGAGCUCAGUGCAGCAGAGCGUCGGCUUGACUCCUCCUUGCGUAAACUGAAAGAGCAGGAGAUAACGGCUCGACAGUUCCCUCCAGCUAUGCACUUCUUUAAAGCAAAGCCCUACAUCCAAAAGAGUCCUGUGUUUAAACUACUUCAAAAAAUGCCAAAAGGUGCUAUCCUACACAUACACAGCUCUGCUCUGGUAAGCGUGGAUUGGCUCGUGAUGAACGUAACAUAUCGGCCUCACUGCUAUGUUUGCUUCACAUGGACGGGCCGCGCGCAGUUUGUAUUCUCGGCACUGCGGCCAGUCAGACGUUUGAGUUGCUCUCGAUGGAACCUGUUGGAGAACCUGAGGGCCACCAUCAGUGAUGUACCUGCUUUUGACAAGAGUUUGAUGCGGAACCUCACGCUGUUCACCGAGGACCCCGAUGUGGCAUACCCGACCCAGGAUGACGUGUGGAAUCAGUUCGAGCAAAUAUUUGCCUCAAUCUCCGGGCUGAUCACCUAUGCACCUGUUUUUAAAGAUUACCUCUACCAAGGCCUCCUACAACUCUACAAUGACAAUAUCUUGUAUUUGGAGCUGAGGGCUGGCCUGUCCAAGACGUAUGAACUUGAUGGCACCAUCCAUGACAUAGAAUGGUCUAUCCAAACCUACAAAAAUGUAACUGAGCAAUUCAAAUUGGAGCGUCGAGAUUUCAUGGGGAUUCGAUUAAUUGUAUCUGUCCAUAGGUCACAGAAUUUGUCGACUGUCAAAAAAGCAGUAAAAGACACCAUCGAGAUGCAAAAACGAUAUCCAGAGAUCAUCGCUGGCUUUGAUCUGGUUGGGCGUGAGGACGGAGGAAAUUCCAUCUAUUAUUUUCGAGAUGCUCUAUCAGUUCCUGCUGAGGUUAAAGCGAAACUUUCCUACUUUUUCCAUGCAGGCGAGACCGACUUAUACGGCACAGAUGUAGACAGGAACAUUCUGGAUGCUCUGUUGUUCAACACUACGCGUAUCGGGCAUGGUUUUGCCCUGGCACACCAUCCCCUGGCAAAAGAGCUCUCCAGAAAAAUGGGCGUGCCAGUGGAAGUAUGUCCUAUAUCCAACCAGGUGCUAAAGCUGGUCUCAGAUCUGCGCAAUCACCCCGCUGCAGUGUUAAUGUCAGAGGGACAUCCCAUGGUGGUGAGCUCCGAUGAUCCGACCUUGUUUGGCACUGCUGGACUCACCUACGAUUUCUACGAAGCCUUUGUAGGACUCGGAGGUCUGAGUGCCGGUGUAGGCAUGCUGAAGGAGUUGGCAACGAAUUCGAUCAGGUACAGUUCCUUGCCACCAGUGCUUAAGGAUAAGGCCAUGGCCUUAUGGCAGGAAAAAUGGAACAAAUUUAUAUCACAGAAUUCAGCAUAGUUACAAAGAGUUGAAGAAAACAAUUGAAUUGAAUUUCACACUGGGAAAAAAACAACCCCAAAAAAGACAAACUCUACACUGAAGCCACAGUUUAUUGGAGUAUUGUUGCAGAGAUGUUUUGGCCAUUUGACUAAAUUCUGGACUUCAGGUUUUAUAUACAUCUCUGUCACAUGGGACUGGGUGAUAUAACGAUAUAGUGAUAAAUUGUUACAAUAUGCUUUUCUGAAAUAUCAUGGAUUUGUGAUUUCUGCUUUAUAAUAAAUUAAAAUAAAAACUAUUUCCAAAGUGAC